GACGCGCGAUAGCCGCAUUCUAUGUAAUAAGCUCGAGUCUGCUGCUAACAAAUAUAUCGCGCUGCUGCUGCUGCUGUAUUAUGAUAGGAAGUCUCGUCCGUCUGCGCCGCUCUUGUAAAAGCGUCAGUCUCUCUCUCUCUCGCCGUGUUUGUGUACUUAUAUCCGCCAGUAUAGGUGAGUGCGUGUCUGUGUGCGCUACGCGUGUGUCGUGCGUCUGUGUGCCCCGCUCAGUAAUAUAGCGCAAGAAGUCAAGCCGUUCGCGGAAAAACGUCGCGAGUGGAGCGCGUCGCGUCUCUGUUUAUAUGUCCAUUCUCGUCGUUCGUCGUCGCCAGCAGCAGUAGCAGUAGCAUCAGACAUCAGCAGUAUAGUAGUAGUGCUGUAGUAUAUAGUAUACGGUAGUAGUAGUAGUUCGCCUCACGCACGAGCCGUACACGCCGCGGCAGUCGUUGAUUCUCGUCAACACGCGAAACAGCUCUUGGAUUCGAACUAUAUCUCGAGACGAGUCGUGGUGCGCGUACAGUUGUGUGUAUCAGUACAAUAGGUGGUACGUCGUAGUAGAUACGUUUCGUAUAUGUAAUAAUACUUGCGCUUCGGCGAUAUCGCCUCUCGCGCCUUUACAACGAGUGUGGCCAUCGGUUGUUAAAAAUCAUCGAGUCAGUUGGGCGAAAAAAACGACAACGACGCAGUUACUUGUUUGGGAUCUCGCGUAGUCACGAGAACACAACAACGAAGAUCGACAACAGCAACAACAACAAAAACGACGAUAACGACAACAACAGAACGACGCACCGGAGACUGCUGCAGCUGCAACAUACUCGAGAAAAUAAUGCUGCACCGGUUUAGCGGAUGCAGGUCCAAGUUCUGAGAGGGACAUUAUCCAGGACCGCUUUCGCUUUUGCUGAUAAAUAAAGUAUAUAAUUGUUACGUGUAACAACGAGCGUCUCGCUGUGUAUACGGAUGCAGUGUUUGCUUUGGCCGCUGCAGACUUUGAUAAUAAAAAAAGCGACGUGACCGUAACUCAUCGACACCGCAGACGAGCAGCAGCAACAUGCCGCCCAAAGCGAGAAAAAUUGCCAUCAUGGGCUAUCGCUCAGUUGGCAAAUCGUCGCUCAGUAUACAGUUUGUUGAAGGACAAUUUGUAGAUUCUUAUGAUCCAACCAUAGAAAACACUUUUACAAAGAGCACUCGCGUAAAUUCACAAGACUAUGAAGUCAAAUUGGUUGAUACUGCUGGUCAGGAUGAAUACAGUAUAUUUCCUACUCAGUACUCCAUGGAUAUUCAUGGAUACGUUUUAGUAUACAGCAUAACUAGUUUAAAAAGUUUUGAAGUUGUGCAAGUUAUAUAUGAUAAACUUUUGGAUAUAACAGGCAAAGUCCAUGUACCCAUGGUUUUAGUUGGAAAUAAAACAGAUCUUUUUCAAGAUCGAAUGGUCACAAAAGAACAGGGAAAGCAAUUAGCUGAUCGCUGGCAUGCUGCAUUUUUGGAAACCAGUGCAAAACAAAAUGAGGCAGUAGCUGAUAUUUUCCAUACCUUAUUAAUAGAAAUUGAAAAAGCUGAUGGAAAUGUGCAAGAGAAACCUAGUUGCAUCUUAUCUUGAAUCAGCAUUUCUAGGAAUUAUAAUUUUUCCAAAUGGCAAAUAGGAUAUGGCACAGUAAGAUUAUAAUUACAAACCACCAAAAUACCAGAGACUAAUCAAGUAUAUCACUAAAGAAGUUAUGCUUGAAUUGUAGUAUCUCAACUAACUAUCAACUAAACUUUGCAUUUGAAACUCCUUUUAAAAAAAAUACUCUGUAGCAGAGACUAUUUUGUUAUGAUUAUCAAUUGAUAACUCAACGAGGAUAACUUAUUUUUCAACAACAUAAAUGAUCAAAGAUUGGAUUAUUGAUCUUUUAUACAGAUUUUUUUGUGGAUAGUAAUUUGUGGAAUCGAAAUAUGAACAUCAAAUUCUUUGAUUGAAAAGUAACUAUAGUUUUAAUUUUAUAGUGUAUGCUCAUAUUUGUGGGAUAGAAAUUGUUACCCUAGGGAUAGAAAAUUACUGCCCUAUCUUUUUAUGAAACGUUUUUGUAAAUCAUAAAUUCCUUAUACAUACUACCAUAUGAAACAAAUGUAAUAGUUGAAUGAAAAAAUAUCUUGAAUUUAUUGUACCCAUUCAAGUGUUGAAAUUGCAUUUAGAGCAUGUAAUUAAUAUCUGUUUAUUGUUUUUGGAAAACAGCACAAUCACAUAUUCAUUUAUGUGGAACAAGUUAAGACAGCUUUUUUACAAUUAAAAAGUGAUCUCUAUAAGUUAAACCAGAAUAGGCUUUCAAUUGUCCGAUUUUUCGUUUUAUUUUUUUUUUUUUGUAAUCAAACGAACAUUGAUAUUUGAUGGCUCACCUAUACAUUGUAAAUCACAAAUCAUUAAAUUGUGAUCAACAGAUUUGUAAAUAAUGAAAUUGUUUACAGUGCACUGUCAAAGCUGUAUAAUAAUACAAUAAAAGCGCCAAGGUAAUUACGUGAUUUGAAACUAAAA